UUGUGCGUGUGGGCUUUUCAUAUAGCAACGCUGUUUUGUCAUGGAAAUUCCCAUGGUAACCAUGCUUAGUCAAACAGUACUGAAAACGGCUGUUUUAUCGCAAGUUACUGCACAUAUAACCAACCCAUAAGGAUGCGUAAUGAACCAUUUACUGGGAGAUAAAGCAAUACAAGAAGCAGAUGUAAAGGGAUAGAAGAUUGAAUGCUUGCAGAGGGUUCUGCCGGGUAUUCAAACCCUGUGGAUGAAGCUCAUUACUUAAGGCGCCCGUAUAUGGAUAUCCUAAUUCGGCAGUUCUUCUUCUUCUUCCAUAAACGAUCAUGACUACUGUCUCGAUUACAAACGAUCGUGGCGAAACCAUUGUUGGUAUCCUAGAAAAGCGAGACGAAUUUGACGUUGGUCGUAAUCGCCCACGUAUGGUUUUGAUCGGACAUGGUGUCUUGGGUCACAAGAAUUACUUAUACCAACGAUUGCUUGCACAGAAGCUCCCUUACUCUAACUUUCGUUUCGACUUUCGCGGUAACGGUGAAAGCACUGGUCAAGCUGGUUAUGCCAAUAUCGCUGAAGACACUGAGGAUUACCAUACGGUAGCUAAUUAUUUUGAGAAGGAAGGCUACGAGAUUUUCGCCGUUGUUGGUCAUUCUCGAGGCUCAACUGCAGGCUUCAAAUAUGCAACUACGUGCGAAAAGCCAUUGCCUCACUUUGUCAAUGUAUCCGGUCGUUAUAAAAUGAACGAUAACCAGAUCUAUAAAAACCGACCCGAGAUAGGCGAAGCUUUGGAUCGUCAGGUACUGCCUUAACACCGUUCACAUCAGCUUUUGAUCAAUUUAACUG